UGACACAAGUGUUAAAUUUGUGGUUAAACAAAUAUUUUCAUUAUAAUAUUGCAUUGAAAAGAUAAAAUAUGAAUCAUGAAAUCAUAUUGAGAAUAAUUUCCAUUUUCUAUUAAAUGUAGUUAUUAAUAAUGUUGUGCUCACCAGAACAAAUUGAAGCGAAACGGAGGAAAGCUUUAGAGAAAUUGCAAGCAAAAAAAGCUUUAUCAGCAUCAACAUCUUCCUCUAAUACAGCAUCAUUUCCUACAGCAGCUAAUUUACAAAAUAAUAAACCUGCUACUGCAAUAUCUACUGCUCCAAAAACAUUUUAUCCCAAAACAGUAUUAUCUCCAACUACUAGCUUUCAAAAUAAUGAAUAUCAAAACAGAUCCGUUGUCACUAAAGUAUUAUUCAAUAAAGAUAUUAGCAAAGAAUCGAAUAGUAAUGGCAGGACUUCAUCCUAUUCGCCAUAUGCAAAAAAUAAUCAAAAACAAAUGAACAACACUCCUGAAAUGCAGAAGAAAUCUGCAUUUUCUACAUUAAUGAAAAAUCCUCUUCUUGGAAAUAUUGCUUUGGUAACCGAAAGAAGAUUUGUUUUAAAAACAGAUAAAUAUUCAGAAGUAGUACAUAAUAUUUGUAAAAAAAUGUCAACGAAAAGGUGGGAACCAAGUACAAAGCUAUGGACCUUCGAUAUAACUGAAUACGAUGUAUUAACUAAUCAAUUAAAAUUAUUACGCCCUGAUGUUGUCAUUGAUACGAUACCGCAAUGUGUUGUAAAUUUAAUAAAGAAUAAUGUUAAACAGCAAGAACAGAAUUCAUCGAAACAAAUUGACUUAUCAUCAAUCGAUCCAGAAUUAUUAAAUUCAUUAAUGAAAUUUCAAUUAGAUGGAGUACAAUUUGGUAUACAUAAACGUGGGCGAUGUUUAAUUGCUGAUGAAAUGGGCUUAGGAAAAACAUUUCAAGCUCUAGCAAUUGCAUGUUAUUAUCGUAACGAUUGGCCAAUGUUAAUUGUAACAACAUCGUCAACUAGAAAUUCCUGGCAAGAAACAAUUCAAACGUACAUGCCAUCAGUACCAUUAUAUUAUGUCACAUAUAUGUCAACUAGUAAAGAUUUUAUAAAUGAAGCAAAAAUUUUAAUUAUAACACAUGAUUUAAUGGCACGUACAAUUGAUAAAUUAUUAACAAAAGAAUUUCGUACAUUAAUCAUUGAUGAAUCUCAUACAAUAAAAAAUUUCAAAACAAAAUGUACAAAAGCUGCAUAUCGUUUAGCAAAACAAGCUAAACGCGUAAUAUUAUUAAGUGGUACACCAGCAUUAUCGAGGCCAUCCGAACUCUUCACACAAAUUCAAUUAAUUGAUGACACAUUUUUUAAGGAUUUCAAAGAGUACAGUUUACGGUAUUGUGCUGGGCAUGAAACAAAAUUUGGUUGGGAUGCAUCAGGACAAUCAAAUUUACAAGAAUUAGAAAUCAUUUUAAAUAUAAAAUUUAUGAUACGACGUACUAAAGAACAAGUCUUACCACAUUUACCGAAUAAAACACGUGAAUUAAUUAUGUUAGAUCAACAGUUAAUUGAUCGAUCCUCAACGGAAGACGAUAAAAAAUGUUUAAACACAUUACGAAAUAAUUUUAAGCAAACAUCGAAAAAUAAUUCAUUUGAUAAACAAUUAUUGCUAACUUAUUUUAAUCAUACAUCGAAAUUGAAACAACCCGCUGUGUGCUCGUAUUUAGUAAACGAAUUACAAAAAGAUAUUAAUGAUAAUAAAAAAUUAUUAAUAUUUGCCCAUCAUCAAUUUAUGUUAGAUAGUAUUUGCGAAGUAUUAAGUGAGAAUGGUUUUCAUUUUGUACGCAUAGAUGGUAAAACUCCAACGGCCCAACGUGCAUUUUUUGUUAAUAAGUUUAAUACAAAGGAUCAAUGUCGAUGUGCUGUUCUAUCGAUAUUAGCUACAAAUGCUGGUAUUACGUUAACUGCUGCCAGCUUAGUUAUAUUUGCUGAAUUACAUUGGAAUCCAAGUAUACUAGUUCAAGCUGAAGGUCGUGCACAUCGUAUUGGACAAGAAAAUAAUGUACUAGUACGAUAUUUAAUCGCAAAAAAUACUGCAGAUGAUGAUAUGUGGAAUAUGAUCAAAUCAAAAACAAGUGUUUUGAAUGCAGCUGGUUUAAGUAAAGACUCAUUUGAUGAUGCUACUGAAAAGAAACAAGAAACUCUAUCUCAAAACGGUAAAAAUAAAGAAAAUAUGUCACAAAAUAAAACUUUAGAUGAAUAUUUCCCGCAAGUAGCAACGCCUCUAAAAAAUUCGAAUAUUGCUAAUAAUUCUAUUAACAAAACUUCAACUAUUACUGAUGAAGAACUAUUCCGUUUAACUACACCUUCAAAAAGUUCCAACAAAAUCGAAGACUUUGAUAUUACUGAUACAGAUUUCUUAAACUUGACUACACAUUUAACAAAUUCAAAUAAUAUUGAAAAUAGUUCUAUUAAUAAUAUUAGUGAUGCGGAUUUAUUAAAUUUAACAACACCAUUAAAAAAUUCAAAUAAAAAUGAAAAUAAUCCGGUUGAUAAUUUUACUGAUUCAGAUUUGUUAGAUUUUAUAAAUGAUGAAGAUGAUGAUAUUUUAGCAAAUGUUCAAAUUUAAAAUUAACUUUUGGAAGUCACUCAAGGUGAAUGUAAAUAUAUAUAUUGGGUUAUUUAUAUACUAGAUGUCUGUUAGCACAAGGUGUUAUUGAAAUAUACCUCCCAACAAAUGCAAAAAUUAUUA